UUAACAAUGACAUAAGACUUUGCAUCGAUGAAAAAUACCAAAAAAUUAUACGCCACCGAUUAACUUAUUGUAUUAAAUUCCAUCAGGAUAUUAGGGAAAUCACAAACGUAUUGAAAGCCAAUAUGAAACUGCCUAUUUUAGCUUUGUCAACGAUGGGUGCAGUAUUGGCCAUUAGCAUUUUAUUUUACAUCUUUACUGGCAUGACACCAGAUGCUUAUUUGAGAAUAAGCUUUAAAUUAAUCCUAUGUGGUUCUUCUAUACUUGUUUUUUGCUUCACAGGGCAAAUAUUAAUUGAUGUUACAAGUGAAGUUUUUGAUGCAGUACAAAAUUGUCCUUGGUAUCUAUGGAAUGUAAAAACCAGAAAAACAUUAUUGAUUUUCAUGGAUAAUGUUAAAAAACCUGAAACAUUUCAAAUGUCUGAGGAAAUCAGUUUGGAUUACACUCUUAUUCUUAAGCUCGUUAAAACUAUUUUUUCAACUGCUACUGGUUUGAAACAAUUCUCGGAUAUACAUAAGUCUAAAGACAUUUAACUCUUUUAUGAACAAGAUGAUAGAUGGCGUAACAUUAUGAGCACCAAUAUUAUGCAACACUUUCAUCACCAUAUUAAAAUUAUUAUUAAAUACAGCACUCACCACUCCACAUCAUAUCUUUAAAACUAAUAUAUUCCACUUGUAUUUUUGAUGUAGUCAAAAUAUAAAUUAAUUUGGAAAAAAUAACAUACUACAACUAUA